AUGUACCAGUUUCAAACGAUUGGUCGUAAUGUUAUUGAUUAUGAUAGUAUUACACAAGAUUUACUCAAUGAAAUUACUAAAGAACGUUUACAUCAAUAUUUAACAAAUUAUGAGCAAGUAUCUAUUAUUGGUAUGCCAACAAUUAAAUCACCAUCAGAUGAACAAAUUGAUCCUCAUACACAUGAAAUUGAUGCAACAGAUAGAACUGAAGCUCAAUAUUCAACAACAACAACAAUAAUAGGCUCGAAUGAUAAAGAGAAUCAAACAAAAAAUAUUGACAGUAUAACACCAUUUCAUAAUAUGAAUGAUGAAGUAAUAGACGAGAUGAAUUUAAGAAAUCAAACUGUACAUUUACAUGAAAAUUUGGAUUCUGAAAUGUUAACAGAAAAAUCAAUUAAAAUAUUAAAUAAAAGAUCUAUCAUUAGUGAAGAAGAAGAAGGCAAUAUUCAUCGUGAAAGUUUAGGAUUUAAAAUUCGUUAUCUAAUUGAAAAUCUAAUAUUUGAUAUUAGUUCAUCUCAUAGUUUAAGGCCAAUUAAAUAUAAUGAUGCUUAUACAACAUCAAAUAUGCAACGAUUAUAUAUUGGCGCAAAUAGUUGA